AUGUCGGCUGCUUUUCGCCUUUUUCUCUUGGCUUUCCUACUGGCUAGCGUGAAUUUGGCUUACGUUUUCCAGUUCGAUAUUACAGCAAAAUGUACCAACUAUCCGGAUAUGAGAGGCCGAAAAAAGUUGGUACGUUUAUUCAACUUUUUGACCGUCUACUUUGAAAAAAGCAUGGUUUCUUUUCAAUUUUUAGAAGGCUAAAGUCUAUGCCGGUGAAACGGAUUGUGGAUGGCAUGUGUUUCCGAGGGAUGGCCACAUCAAUUUCACUUGUUAUGCUGGUAUUUUCCCUAGAUGGAUGUACGUCCCUCAAAUCUAUCUGUAAGUCGCAACCUUUGAGUUGAAAUUUGGUGUUUUAUAUUUGUUUUGAAAAAAAAUUUCCAAGCUGCGCCCAUGACAUUCUGCUGGUUUAAUCAUAAACGCUUCAGCUACCACUCCUGCGAUGGAAUUUGCCGUCAAUACCAGUUUUGGGGAGAAAAAACUGGAGCAGAGGUCACUUCUGAAGGCGAGACUUUAUUUGAUCGAGAAUGCGAACAGGAAGCAGAAAAAAAUUAUAAUCUGCACAGUGCAACAAAGAGAAAGAAGAAAAAAAAAUUGCACGGUGCAAUAAAAAAAAAUAUUUUGGGACUCGCACAGUGCGAUGGAAAUUUUCUUUUAAUUUCAAAGUGA